AAGAGGUGAAUCAGAAUGAGCGAUAUUGAGCUUCUGGAGCAACAGCAAUGGACAUGGAACUGGACAGAAUUGUGUGGGAUACGAGGAAGCAUAAGGCCUGUGAAUCCUGGCACUAAUAAUCUUGGGCUGUGCUUCCAGCAGCUCUAUCUUCAGAUUCCAACGUUGGGUCUGCUCGCCAUUACCUCAGCCUACUACUGUGGGAGGAGAACCACCUUGGCUCCCUACGAACGCUUUUCACACUACGCCCUAACCCUCCGUCUCCUAAUCACCGCCUGCCUGGCAACUCUCCCAAUAAUCCGGGCCUACAUAAUCCUCUCCAACUCGACAAUCCCUUCGCCAAGGAAUCUCACCUCCCCUCCCUUCCUCAUUAGUGACUAUGACGUCCAAGGCGCAGAUCUUCCUCUGAAAUCCCCGGAUAUCUCCAACGAGGAGACCUCAGCGAAGCCCAUCGAUUACCUAGUCGCCGGAACUGAGGGUCUAGCAUGGGUGGUGCACCUUUGCUUCGUCCUGAGUCUCCGCCGAGGCACAAGGUUCAGUCUACGGGGCCCCGUUGUCAUCAGAGCCCUCAUCUUCAUGUUGAUCGGUAUUUCCACUCUUAUCCUGAGUACUCACAUCAAACACUCCCCAUCCAACGAUGUCCUACCAGACCUCUCCUUGGGAUUCAGCAUAGCCGUCGUCAGCCUGAUGUUUCUCUACGCCCUAACCCUGCUCCCAACAGCCAGCAAUAAUCCUCAUCAGAGGGGUUCAAGGUACACAGAGAUCGGUGAGAAUACAGCCCUCCUAAACUCUCCAGGCCACUCCUACAUCCACUUCCUCGAGGACCAAGACCCGAACUAUCUCGGGACCGCCAUGGAGGGCAACCCCUUUCUGUCGAACCUCCUCUUCCACUGGGUGACCCCCAUGAUGGAGAAAGGGGUCAGAGGAUCCCUGCAGCGCACUGACGACCUCUACGACCUCCCGGAGCACGUGAGCACCGCCUCAAUCAACACCGAGAUCGACCGGUUUAUCAGGAAGCCCACCAGGUCAAACGUUUAUGUAGAUCCUGAUGAAAAUCAGGGACCUCCUCCCAGCAACAACAUUUCCCUCCUCCGACUCCUUCACAAGUGUUUCGGGUGGCAAUUCUAUGCAGUUGGAAUCCUCAAGUUCAUCGCUGACUGCUCCGGAUUCGUCGGGCCCAUUCUCCUGAACAAACUUGUCGGUUUCAUCGAAGACAAGGACAAACCAUUGUCCUACGGAUAUCUGUACGCAUCCUUGAUGUUCAUCGCGACACUCAUCGGCGCCUUCGCCAUCGCCCAUUUCAACUUCUGGAUGAGCGUCGUGGGACUGAAAAUACGAAGCACCGUUGUCACUCUCGUCUACAGGAAGACCCUUCACUCCUCCAAUGUCAAAUUGAAUCAGGAAUUUACAUUCGGAGAAAUCGUCAACUUCAUGAGCACCGAUAGUGAUAGGAUAGUCAAUAGCUGUCCCAGCUUUCACACCUUCUGGAGUAUUCCCCUGCAGUUGGUGGUGACUCUUUAUCUUCUUUACAAUCAGAUUGGGCUGUCUUUCCUAGCGGGUUUGGCAUUCGCUGUCAUUCUCAUUCCUAUCAAUAAGUUCAUUGCCAACAAGAUCGGUAUUUUGAGCACUAAGAUGAUGGGGUUCAAGGACAAGAGGGUGCGCCUCAUGGGGGAGAUUCUCCGGGGAAUGACGACGAUUAAACUUCAUGUGUGGGAGGAGUAUUUCUACCGGGAAAUAAUUACGCUCAGGGAGGAGGAGAUCAAGUACCUCCGUGGACGGAAGUACCUUGACGCCCUUUGCGUCUACUUCUGGGCAACUACUCCGGUAUUGAUAUCGAUCCUAACGUUCGGGACGUAUGUCCUUGCGGGGAAUUCCCUGGAUGCCAAAACUGUUUUCACGAGUAUGGCUCUUCUCAACAUGCUGAUAGGGCCUCUCAACGCCUUCCCCUGGGUUCUAAAUGGGUUGACAGAGGCCUGGGUGUCAGUGAAGAGGAUCCAAAGGUUGCUAGACCUUACUGACCUGAACAUAUCGACUUACUACUCUGAUCCGCCCAUCGGAUAUGACAUAAUGUUGAAAAAUGCCACGCUCACAGCAAAUGAUGUGAAGGAGGAGGACAUCCGAGAGAAGAAUCCAUUUGAGAAUAUCGAUGAAAUCCUCCCACUCCCGUCGACGUCGACUUCCGAAUCGACACCGGCGAAGAAGUCAGUCUCCUUUGAGAGGGAUAAUGUGUUCAGCCUCAGAGGGUUGACCUUUCAAGCGAAAAGGGGACAGCUGAUCGGAAUUAUGGGAAAAGUCGGCGGGGGGAAGUCCCUGUUUCUGGACGGUAUUCUCGCGGAGAUCACCAAACUAAAUGGGAUUAUUGCUGUCAGUAAUCUUGACAAGGGCUUUGCCUACGUCAGGCAGACGCCCUGGCUCCAGCGUGGAACCAUCCGCGAGAAUAUUCUCUUCGGAAAGGCGUAUGAUUAUAAUAAAUACAGAAAUGUCAUCAAAGCUUGUGCUCUCGAUGACGAUCUGGUGUCAUUACCGAACAAGGAUUUAGCAGCUGUUGGUGAGGCCGGGGUGACUUUGAGUGGAGGACAGAAGACGAGGAUAGCUCUGGCGAGGGCGGUCUAUGCUGACAAAAAUAUCUAUCUUCUCGACGACAUUUUGGCUACUCUGGACACCAAAGUUGCUAAACACAUAUUUCAGAAUGUUAUUCUUGGGGCCUUGAAGGAGAAGACGAGGGUCAUCUGCACACACCAGACGCAGUUCUUGAUCCACGCUGAUUACGUUUUGGAAAUGUCCAAGGGGAGGAUCGUUAAGCAGGGGCUGCCAACUGAGAUCCUGCCGGACCUUGAGGAUUAUCUGCUAUCGUCGAGCUCUACGGAUUACAGCAGAGACAUCAAAACGUCGAAGGAACCGUUGAACGAUAACUCUAUCAAUCCAAAUGACGUUGACAGGGAUCCCAUGCUCGAUGAGGAAGCGAUGGAGAGGGGAACCGUUCGUCUUGGGGUUUAUGGAACGUAUCUAGGUGCUGUUGGGAGGUUCCUGGCGAUCUGCAUCUUCCUGGCAAUGCUUUUAAUGCAGUCUUCCAAGAACGUCAGCGAUCUGUGGCUCUCCUUCUGGGUAACCCAUAUCAACACAACCGUUAAUAACUCUACGAUCCUUCCUUUGACGAUCAGACUCGAGGCAGUUCUAAAUGACGACACACCUGGAAGCUACUUGGCUGUUUAUGCCAUCCUUGCUGCUAUCAACACCUUCUUCACACUCAUCAGAGCCUUCAUGUUCGCCUAUGGGGGCGUUCAUGCUGCCAUAGUCAUGCAUGAACACCUUUUGGACAUUGUUCUCAGAGCGAAGAAGGUGUUCAUCGAUUCUCAGUCCAUCGGAAGGAUCUUGAAUCGAUUCUCCUCGGACACCUAUACCGUCGACGACUCUUUACCCUUCAUCUCGAACAUUCUUCUAGCUCAGGUAUUCGCCUUGCUGGGGACCAUCAUCAUCACGGCCUAUGGACUUCCCUGGAUAUUUUUAGUUCUCGCUCCACUGGUGCCGGUGUAUCACUGGCUUCAGCAUCACUACAGACUGACAUCGAGACAGUUGAAGAGGCUCUCAAGCACUUCAUUGUCGCCUCUCUACACUCACUUCAACGAGACACUCCAGGGGUUGAGCAUAAUACGAGCGUACAGGGUCGUUCCCAGGUUCAAGCAUGAUAACGAGCUGUUCCUUGAGGCUAGCCAGAAGGCGAUGUUUGCAUCGGUGGCUGCAGCUCAGUGGCUCGCCCUCAGGCUUCAGUUCAUUGGUGUUGCUCUGCUAGCUGGCGUUUGCGUUCUCGCGGUCAUUCAGCAUCAGUUCGACGUCGCCGAUCCAGGACUCAUCGGUCUUGCCAUCACUUAUGCUCUCGGGGUCACUGGACUGCUGUCGGGAGUUGUCAACGUCUUCACGGAGACCGAGAGGGAGAUGAUCUCUGUGGAGAGGAUCAAACAGUAUUUCGAGGAUGUACCCACUGAGGAUCUCACUGGGGAUAAUCCACCUUAUGCCUGGCCCAGUCAGAGUGUCGUUGAGUUUAGAAAUGUUGUGCUGAGGUACAGGGACUAUCUGUUGCCAUCACUGAACAGGGUCUCCUUCCGGACGAGACCAGCUGAGAAAAUUGGCGUCGUGGGGAGGACUGGAGCUGGCAAGAGCUCUAUUUUUAAUUCUCUCUUCAGACUCGUGGAGAUUGAUUCUGGGGAAAUACUCAUUGAUAAUGUUAAUGUGAAGAGCCUACAGCUGAAUGCACUGAGGGCAAGGCUCUGCAUCAUACCCCAGAAUCCAUUUUUAUUCUCGGGAACUGUUAGGGAGAAUGUGGAUCCUCUGGAGCAGUAUACGGAUAUGCAGAUUUUUCAGGCCUUGGAGAAGUGCAAGCUGAGCUCUUUGGUGCAGAGGCUCGGGGGACUUGGUGCUAGUAUUGAUGAAGCUGGGGCCAAUCUGAGCACUGGACAGAAACAACUUUUCUGCCUUGUCAGGGCUAUUCUACAUAAUGCGAGGAUUCUGUGCAUUGAUGAGGCCACUGCCAAUGUUGAUCAGGAGACUGAUAAGGCUAUUCAGAAUACCAUUAAAUCUUCCUUCAGGAGCGCCACGGUUAUUACCAUUGCGCAUAGGAUUAGGACCAUUAUGCACUGUGAUAGUAUUUAUUUGCCACUGUUGCAGGGUAUUGGUGAUGGGCCAAGGUCGGGUAUUGGAGUUUGAAGAGCCAAAUGUACUCAUCGAAGAUGAGGAUUCGUAUUUUUACUCUCUUGCAAGUCAAGAGUUUGCUAAUCAGAAUAAUUGAAUCGUUAUCAAUUGAAUACAGUCAGAGAUAUUUUUUCAUCAAUGUUGGGCGUCAUGAUCUUUGUAAUUUAUCAUUGAAUACAUCGAUUUUAUAUUUCUUUACAUUGUAAUCGUAUGAUAUAGAGAUUUGUGAUGAUGAAAUACAAACGGCGUAUAUUCGUUUA